ACAGAAAAAACUAGAGAAAAAUCAGAAGAAGCUAGAGUGAGGUGCAGAGAGAAUGGGUAGAGAGCAAAUGAGUUUAAGGUUGUUGGUGGCGGUGUGGUGUUUGUGUUGUGUUAUGACAACAAAGUUAGCAAGUGGUCAGAGUGCGAACAACGUUAGGGCCACAUACCAUUUGUACAACCCUCAGCAGAUUGGUUGGAACUUAAACACUGCCAGCGCCUACUGCGCUACCUGGGAUGCUAACAAGCCCUUGGCCUGGCGUCAAAAAUAUGGCUGGACCGCCUUCUGUGGACCCGCUGGCCCUCAUGGCAGAGAUUCUUGCGGCAAGUGCUUGAGUGUGACGAAUACUGCAACUGGGGCUCAGGCUACGGUGAGGAUAGUGGACCAGUGCGCAAAUGGAGGGCUGGAUUUGGAUGUGAAUGUGUUCAGAAAGUUGGACACCAAUGGAGUGGGAAACCAGCAGGGUCACCUUACUGUCAACUACCGCUUCGUCAAUUGUGGUGAUUGAGUCCAAUCACCCUUUCUCAUGCCCCCUCUGUAAUAAAGUCAUAAAUAAUUAAAUAAAAAGAGAGGUGCUAAUCGGAAGUACUUGUUCUUCCAUUGCAUCCUCUACUAUAUACAAGUAACUUGCUCUUCUUAUUCAUAUUUUUCUCUCUGUUUUUCCUCUCUUUUUUCUCAGUCAGGUACUAAUCAAUACUACGCAUAUACAGCACUCAAUAAAACGAUAAUCCUAUGGAGUAUGAGUAUCAAUGCUCUAGGUGAAGUAAACCGCUGAUGUAAUUAAAAAUUGGAUCAACGGCUAAUGUGUUUUUAUUCUUAAUC